AUGAGCCUGGUUACAUUCAAUUUCAAUGGUGGGACAGGUGGGGGAUCGGACACACUGUUGAUCAAGUCUUCGACUGCAGCGAAAGCGAUGUCACGGCUUCUGCUGAGCCGUGGUCUUUUCUCUACCUCCCCAGACCUGUCUUUUGUGACUCAGCAGCCUCUGCCUGAUGAUGAAAUAGUGGCAACAGUGAAUACUGUAAUUGAUGCUCUUUUCAUGGACCGAUUCAAGCUUCCCACUGCUGUGGGCCAGGGCCUCCUGGUAGUUCACCUUGAUGAGCUUCGGUUAUUGAAAGAGGUGGUGGGUGAUGAGUGGAUCAGGGACUUCAUCAGUAUCCUCCUGGACUACAGUUAUGCGCACUCACCUGAAGGACGGUACAUUCUGCCAGUUGUAACUCAUACCUGCCCGGACGACAACUUGCUGCUCAAUCCUGAAUUCAACAACCCUCUUUUCUCACCAAAGAGUCUAUCACUCCCCCCUUUGACGUCGGCUCAAUCAAUGGAAAUUCUAAUCUGGAGGAGGGAGAAUGACGGCGAUAAAAAUGCCGAUUGCAUUGAUUGGAAAGCUUGGGAGAAUGUGAUUGCGCUUGCUGGUGGUCAUCCAGGUCUACUUGUGGAGUGCUACACUAAAUUGACAGACAGUAGUAUGCCUAUGGAACACAACACACAGACCGAAGUGGCAGUGGUGGCUGACCUUGCGUCAGGAGAAAGGAUCAAGAAAUUCAACAGAUCCUUGGAGGCCUUGAAAGGAAAAGAGACAGGUCCGGCCUCCAUGUGCGGCGAUGGAAAGUUUUCAGCCAUAGGUGAAGCAUUGAAUCCCCGUGAACCAGGAUUCGUGACUACAAAAGCAAUGGAGUAUGUCUCUGCACUGGCUGUGUUGUUGAAUCGUACAAAGAGCAUCAGUUUAUUGGUUCAAUGUCCUUCAGACGAUGCCUUCAAAAUUUUGGAGAAGGCGGAAGAGAACUUUUUUGCUGUAUGGAAGUUGGAGAAUCAACCUGUGCUUGAUUUUGGUGGUCUACUUUCCGGUUGGAAGAUCUUGGGUCAAAGUAAGAUGCAGCAAGCAGGGCUGCAAACAACUCAAGUGCUUGACUGA